AAUAAUUUGCUAAUCACAGGCCAAACGAGUCGUGCAGUCAAUUGGAUAGCGAUUUUGACGGUCAAACCAUAUAGUCAUACGGUAUACACACUAUAUAUCGUUAUGAUUCACACGACUAUAGCAACAAACGUUUGUCUCAUCAUUUCAUUGACAGUCAUCUUCGGAAUCCUAUAUAUAUUUUAUUGGUUUCUGUCUCCGGAAUUGUGAUUUAACCGAUUAAAAUGUCGGACAUUAUCAGCAAUGAGUCGUCGUGUGUCUGCGGUUCGGGUGAUCACCAGACCGUCUAUCAGCUUAUAUCGAUGAAAACUGUGGACGCAAAUCUCGAUGACUAUAAAUAUGGUUAUUGUCCUAAAUCUGGCGGUUCGGUCAAAGUGGGAGAUCUGAUCAAUAAAGCGAUGUUGGAUUGUGACGAAAAAGACGUAUCUUUGUGGUUGUGCGAAGAAGUCGGCGGCAGUAAGCGUUGGAUUAAUCGGACACAAAUCUAUAAAUUUGUGGCCAACGAUAGCGAAAAUGGACAAAAUAUACGACUCGAAAUCGUACCGACUUCUGUUGUGGUGUACAUAUCGUUGUCCGAACUGAAAGGACAUUCAAGUGAUGAAUCAGUCAUAAAGCACAGCAUAAUUCCAAGUUUGACACCAAAUAUUGGACAUUUGAAGCGUCAGUUGGCCGCUAUUUACGGGUUUAUCGCCGACACAACUGUAUUAUAUUUCAGAGAGCGGUUUAUUAAUAGACAGGACGGAUUCAUAGAGCGGUUUAUUAAUAGACAGGACGAAUUCAUGGAGCGUCAGCUCAACGACAAUAUGUCCAUCACUAUGGCCUGGUAUUACAAAAGCUUUGGUAACUGUCUAAUUAAGGUCAUACCUAUUGCCGAAACCCGAGUGCCCGCUGACAAUAUCGUACAAUCCAUAGGACAGGCAUCUCAAACAAUUUCCACUCAGAUUAAGAAAAUAACCGAUGCUGUGAUAACUGCCAAUAAUGAUAAUAAUGAUAAACUGAUUGCUAAGUUAAUGGAGACGUCGAUCACAUUAUCGGCAACAAUACAAAAGUGUUUUGAAGAUCACACAAAAGCCAUUACCGAAGCCAUGAUGACAGUUGGCAGCGGCGGCAGCAAUGGACGCAAAUUUUUGUCCGACACUUUGAUUGACAAUUGCGAUAAUGAUAGCCAAUUCAGCGAUGAUUAUUACAAUUAAAGUUGUGGUGAAACCAAUGAAGUUAAAUGAAUGGCAUUAAACAAAUUUGACAUUAAUUAUGUAAUUAAUGAGAGCAAUGUUUUUUGGGGAAAAUAAUAUAUUUAAAAAAAA